GUAUGGAAAGCACUUUUUCACCCUUUUUCCCCUUCUCAAACUAAACGGUGGAUCAAACGAUUAUACCUUAUUUUAUUGGGAUAUCGAACGUUAUUUAACUCUGCACGACCGCAAAACUGGGGUCUGCUAUUCAAGCCAUGGAUGAUGUGUCAUAAUGGGAAAAUGCAGUCCCCAAUCGAUAUCCCUCCAGGUCGAUUGCUGUUCGAUCCAAACUUGAAGCCUAUACAUAUCGAUAGAAUCAGUGUGAGUCAAGAGGCAACGCAUGCUAAGUCCCUUUUUGGCUUUCAGGUAAUGUCUGAGAUGUUAAACACCGGCCAAAUGCCUCGAAUUCGUAUCGGCAACUCAGCUCGACGGCCCAGCGCCAACCUGACUGGCGGUCCACUCCAUGGCUAUAAGUACAGAAUACAGCGCAUAGACAUUCAUAUCGGAAGGGAAGAGUUGAACGGCAGCGAGCACACAAUCGAUGGAAGGAGAUUCCCAAUGGAGUUACAAAUGCUGGCCUACAACACCGAUCUCUACAGAAACUUUUCAUCAGCUUUUCGAUCUCCUCACGGUAUUGCCGGCAUUUCGGUGCUAGUCGAUUAUGGUAAGGAAACUAACGAAGAGCUGUUGAAGCUGACCAUAGCAACGGCCAGUAUCAUCUACAAAGGACAACGAGUAGAACUGGCUGAUCUUGAGCCGUGGCGACUACUGCCAUACACUCGAGAUCUUGUGACUUAUGAAGGGUCAAUGACGGCACCAGGAUGUCAGGAAACAGUGACGUGGAUAAUUCUCAACCAACCGAUCCACAUAACUAAAGACCACAUGGCCGAAUGGGCUAAAAUGGUGCAGACGACGCAGAAAAGCGACGAUCCGCAAUUUUUAGCGCCAAACCGACGAGCUGUACAAGAGUUCAACUCGAGACUUGUAAGGACCAAUAUACAACACCUAAUCAAGAUGUGGUAA